AAAAUUGCCAAAGGUACCCGGGACUACCUACCGGAACAAAUGAUGAUUCGUCAGGAAGCCUUCAACAUUAUUCGACGCGUUUUCGAAUCGCACGGUGCCGUGGAGAUUGACACACCCGUAUUCGAACUCAAGGAUACCUUGACGGGCAAGUACGGCGAAGACUCCAAACUCAUUUACGAUUUGGCCGAUCAAGGUGGGGAGCUCUUGGCCCUGCGGUACGAUCUGACCGUACCCUUUGCCCGGUUCUUGUCCCUUAACAGUGUCGGUAACAUUAAACGUUUCCAUAUUGGUAAGGUGUACCGUCGGGAUCAACCCCAGUUGAAUCGUGGGCGGUACCGGGAAUUCUAUCAGUGCGAUUUCGAUAUAGCCGGAACGUACGGACGCAUGGUGCCGGACUCGGAAUGUCUCUGUGUGGCCUGUGAUAUUCUCGACGCCUUGCCCAUUGGAGACUUUGGGAUCAAACUCAAUCACCGAAGACUGCUGGACGCUAUUCUCGAUUUGUGUGGCGUACCAGCCGACAAGUUUCGGACCAUUUGUUCCGCCGUGGACAAGCUUGAUAAAGAAGCAUGGUCCGAAGUCAAACGGGAAAUGGUGGAGGACAAGGGUCUGCCAGAAAGCGUAGCGGACAAGAUUGGAACCUUUGUGUUAAACAAGGGACCACCUUGGGAUAUGUACAAAUCCUUGAUGGACGGAAACCGUUUUGGCAACCACAAGGGUGCCAACGAAGCCAUGGAAGACUUACGCAUUCUGUUUGAAUACCUCGAAGCCAUGGACAAACUCAAAUUUAUUUCCUUCGACCUGAGUCUAGCGCGCGGUCUCGAUUACUACACUGGGGUCAUUUACGAAGCCGUCUGUAUGAGCGGUGAAGCGCAAGUCGGCAGUAUUGGUGGAGGUGGGCGUUACGACAAUUUGGUUUCCAUGUUUCAGGAAGCCGGCAAGCAGACACCGUGCGUUGGAGUAAGUGUAGGGAUCGAGCGCGUGUUUACCCUGAUGGAGGCUCGAUUGCGCGAGCAGCAAGGGGGAUCUAUCAAGCGCGCGAACGUCAAUAUUUUGAUCGCGGCUGCUGGCGGAACCAUGAUGAAGGAAAAGAUGCGCAUUGCACGAAUUUUGUGGGACAAUAAACUCAGUGCAGAAUUUAGUCAACAAGAGAACGCGAAACUGAAAAAGGAAUUACAGAAUGCUUUGGAUCGUGACAUACCCUUUAUGGUAAUCGUGGGAGAAGAGGAGCUGGCGGAGAGCAAAGUUACCGUCAAGGAUCUGAAGGCCAAGACGGAGCACAAGGUGCCGAUUGACGAGCUCGUUUCGACUUUGCGU